AUGUGUUGCAACUACUACGGCAACUAUUGUGGCUAUGGCCGUGGAUUUAGUCCCUAUUACAGCUGUGGAUAUGGGACACGCUAUGGCUCUGGAUAUGGCUCAGGAUAUGGCUGUGGAUAUGGCUCCCCUUAUGGCUGUGUUUAUGGAACAAGCUAUGGCUGUGGAUAUGAAUCAGGCUACCGCAGCUACUGGCCAGUUUGCUAUAGGCGAUGUUAUUCUUCUUGCUGCUAA